ACUCUGAUCACCCCAACACCCAACUUUCUUUUUCUGCCCGCUUCCCCUUCCCAUCACAUUUCUGCAAUUUCUCCUCAUAUUUUUGUGUGCGUGUGGGCGCUCCAUCUGGGAUCGGCGACGGCAAUCCGCUCACAGCCACCCACAAUGGCGGCGGCGUGACCAACCUGCCGCGGAGAGUUUUGCCAGUUCGCAUCUUGUUUUCCCUACCGGUAGUUCGGAUUCUUCUCCUCUCUCCCUCAGAGGCCGCAGUUUUUACUCCACCCCCUCACCUGUGGAUGCCAUCGAGAGGCACGCCGAGACCACGGGCGGCCUCGACAGCAACGCGCUCCCUCCCGCUCCGCUCGUCCUCGUCGCGCGCGCGUGAUGCUCGCCGUCUGCGCGCGGCACGGGCCCGCCAAGCUCCCGCUCCCGCCGCUCGCGGGCGAACGUGCCGCCUGGGUCGCCGCCGGCCGGUGGUGGUGCUGGCGCCCUGCGGCGGCGCGCCGUGGCGUCGCCGCGCGGGCGUCGUCCUUCAAUUCCCGGAUCGGGCUCGAUUCCCAGAAUUCUCACACAAGGGACUUAUCCCAGCUGUUGUGGGUGGGUCCAGUGCCUGGUGACAUCGCAGAGAUCGAGGCAUACUGCCGCAUAUUCCGUGCCGCAGAGCAGCUCCAAAAUGCUGUCAUGUCGGCGCUCUGUGAUCCAGAGACAGGCGAGUGCCCUGUGCGGUAUGAUGUGCCAUCCGAGGACCUGCCAGUGCUCGAGGACAAGGUUGCUGCUGUGCUUGGCUGCAUGCUGGCAUUGCUGAACCGGGGUAGGACUGAGGUGCUUGCAGGGCGGUCAGGUGUUGCGAGCGCAUUCCAAGGAUCUGAGCACAGCACGAUGGAUAGGAUUCCGCCGCUGGCCCUGUUCCGUGGUGAUAUGAAGCGGUGUUGUGAGAGCAUGCAGGUUGCACUUGCUAGCUACCUUGUACCGAAUGAGCCCCGAGGAUUGGAUAUCUGGAUGAGGCUGCAAAGGUUGAAGAAUGCCUGCUAUGAUGCGGGUUUCGCAAGGGUUGAUGGUCAUCCCUGUCCAACAUUGUUUGCAAAUUGGUUUCCGGUGUACUUUUCAGCUGUGCCAGAUUAUUCGGAGACAGAUGAGUUGGAGGUCGCAUUUUGGAGGGGAGGGCAAGUCAGUGAGGAGGGUCUGGCGUGGUUAUUGGCUAAGGGAUUCCGAACUAUUGUCGAUCUCCGGGAGGAAGAUGUUAAGGAUGAUUUAUAUCUUUCAGCAGUUGGCGAAGCUGUCUCAUCUGGAAAGAUAGAGGUGGUCAACAUGCCAGUUGAGAUCGGGACUGCUCCCUCAGCUGAACAGGUUCAGCAAUUUGCGGCGCUUGUGUCAGAUGGAACGAAGAAGCCCAUUUAUCUUCAUAGCAAGGAAGGGAUUAAUAGGACAUCUGCAAUGGUCUCCAGAUGGAAGCAGUAUGCCACUCGUGCAGAGAGACUGGCCACCAAAAAGCAUUCACCAAUUGUGAAUGGUAAGGCGCUGAAGAAUGAUCCGACAAAUGGCCCAGGUUCCUCGUCAAAUGGUAGUGAAAAUGGUGCAGUAGUGAAGUCUGAUAGAACCGUGGAUGCUGGGGAAGCACAUGAUAUAGACAUAGAAAUUACAAGUAAUAAUCUGGAAGUUACUAAUUCCCUUCCCAAUGGUCAAAGCACUGAACAAGAUGAAAUGCAUGACAGCAGGACAGAACUUCUUUCAGAUUUUAAACUGGAGACUAGUCCCCUUAAGGCACAGUUUCCUACUUGCAAUGUUUUCUCUAGAAAGGAGAUGACCAAAUUUUUUAGAAGCAAAAGAGUUUAUCCAAAAUCUGUUCUGAACUCUCGAAGACGAUCGAGUAGCUUGAUGAUCUCAAGGAGAAAACAAAAUCUCAGAGCUGAACAUAAUGAGGCCAUUGAUUGUGAAGCAGCAGACAUGAUGGUUUUGAAAAACGCAAAUGGGACAUUACUUGACAAUGAUUAUAUAUUAUCGGUUUCUUCAGGUAUCACUAAUGGAAAACCCUCGAACAAUGGAACCUCCACUUCUUUUGAAGAAAAGGGAAGUGAAGCUUCACUCCUAACUAUUGAUCCUAAAACGUCUAAUGCGAGCAAUCCCAAUGGGAAUGCUCAGCUUGGAUCACAAAAACCAUCUGAAAAGAAUGGUGGUCCUUAUCUUGAGAGAUACUCAUCAGAUACAAUUGAUGGAAGUAUUUGUGCCACAACUGGUGUUGUCAGAGUUCAGUCAAGAAGAAAAGCUGAGAUGUUUCUAGUACGUACAGAUGGAUUCUCUUGUACUAGAGAAAAAGUAACAGAAUCAUCUUUAGCUUUUACUCAUCCUAGCACCCAGCAACAGAUGCUUAUGUGGAAAUCUCCUCCAAAGACCGUCUUACUGUUGAAGAAAUUAGGUGAUGAGCUCAUGGAAGAGGCUAAAGAGGUUGCUUCGUUUCUGCAUCAUCAAGAAAAGAUGAAUGUUCUUGUGGAGCCUGAUGUUCAUGAUAUAUUUGCGAGGAUUCCUGGUUAUGGUUUUGUGCAAACCUUCUAUACUCAAGAUACCAGCGACCUUCAUGAGAGAGUUGAUUUUGUCACAUGCUUGGGUGGUGAUGGGGUCAUAUUGCACGCAUCAAACUUAUUUAGGACUUCUGUACCCCCUGUUGUCUCAUUCAAUCUUGGAUCUCUUGGAUUUCUGACUUCACAUAUUUUUGAAGGUUUCAGGCAAGAUAUGAGAGCUGUCAUCCAUGGGAACAAUACACUUGGAGUUUAUAUAACCCUUAGAAUGCGUCUACGCUGUGUAAUCUUUCGAAAUGGAAAAGCAAUGCCCGGGAAAGUGUUUGAUGUGCUAAAUGAAGUUGUUGUUGAUCGGGGUUCUAAUCCAUAUCUCUCAAAAAUUGAAUGCUAUGAGCAUAACCACCUUAUCACUAAGGUUCAAGGAGAUGGUGUGAUAGUAGCAACACCAACUGGCAGCACAGCAUACUCUACAGCAGCAGGGGGUUCAAUGGUGCAUCCAAAUGUCCCAUGUAUGCUGUUCACUCCAAUCUGCCCACACUCGCUGUCAUUUAGACCUGUCAUCCUUCCUGACUCUGCACGGCUUGAAUUGAAGAUCCCGGACGACGCGAGAAGCAACGCGUGGGUGUCGUUCGACGGCAAAAGGCGGCAGCAGCUAUCACGAGGAGACUCCGUUCAUAUAUCCAUGAGCGAGCACCCGCUGCCGACCGUCAACAAAUCGGACCAAACAGGCGACUGGUUCCGCAGCUUGAUCAGGUGCCUGAACUGGAACGAGAGGCUGGACCAGAAGGCGCUCUAGACCCUAGCAUAUGUUCCUGUACAUACAUAGCUCUAUACAUAGAUAACCUCCUUGUGUUAGAAGAUAGAUUAUCUUUUCUGUAGCAUCUGUAACAUCACAGGAGACGAGCAGACUUUUUGACCUGACAGUGACAGUGACAGCAGGUGAUGGUAACACUGAUAGUGUUUGUAAUUAUCCGCUUUGUAAAUCAACAGUAUAGCUCGUUAUCUCUGGGCCUAGCAGAAGAUGACAGCCCACGCGAAGAUGAUAGCCCAUUCUAAUGAACCGGUCUAUUUUUGCUCAGACAUAUAUAUUGAAGCUGAUGGCUACUUUUCGUA